ACGCUUGCGCAGAAAUCAAUCCACGGCCAUAUUGGUGUUAUUUUGGAUUGGUAUUAGUGGUGUUUGAAGUUUUAUUUAGUGGGAUUUAUUAGUGCUAACGCCCUUAUGAUGUCUACUGAGCCUCUUAGUUUUGGUCCGGAGUGGCUGCGCAACAGGUCUCAAGAGGGCUGUUCGCAAUCAAGCCUCCCGAUCCCUCGUUAUCAAUUGGCAGAGCACCGCUACGGUCGGGAGGAGAUGCUGGCGCUGUCGGGUCGUCUGAAUCCUCCACCAGAUUCCAUCAAAAACAUACCAUCGCUGUACAUAGAGAAAGCACAAGUCCCACUGGCACUGAUACAGAUGACCGAGGAGGAGACCCGCCAGUGGAAUCGAGGUAUAAACAGCGAUGCGGUGCUCCGCCUGGCCGGCAAGGCCCCUGUGGGCGGGCCGCCCCCCAACAUCAGAGGUGGGGGCCGUGGCGGGAGCGUAGACAGAGGGAGAGGGCGCGGCCGCGGGGGUUACUACUCCCGGGGCCUGAGCUUCGAGGAGACCGGGGAGGUGGGCGAGCUGCGAGGGGCCCCACGUCCCGAGAGGGGCGACGGGGCCAGCUUGUCCGCGAGCAGCUUCCCUCGGAACAUACGACCUUUCGAUAGGUCACAGAGUGCCAUUUCGUCAGACCGGGGCUGGAGCGAAAGGAAUGGCACGGACCCGGGAGAUUGGAAUGGCGGUCAUAGUCCAAGGAAAGAAUUUGGCACCGGGAGGAGUUUCAUGAAUGACAACUGGCGUCGGCAUCGACCAGGGAUGGAGGAUGAAGAUGGCUGGCGGACUGCAACCAGCGGACGUUCGGAAAAGUGGACUCGCAGCAGUUGGCGGGAAGGCGAGAAAGAAGGCGGUGACGUGGACAGGGGCGGCCGCAGUCAGCAGUGGGAGCAGCGUGCCAAGGGAGGCUGGGACGAUGGCCACCACCUUCAGAGGAGGCCGUUUGACGAGGACAAUCUUCCUGAGUGGGCAACAGAAAACCCCAGCGAAAGUGGUGGCAGUUUCGAUGCCACUGGAGCAUUCCACGGUGGUGGUUUUUCUGACGAAGAUGAGAUAAAUGGUGGGCCAGGCAGCAUCCGAAGGGAUCCACGCACGAGGAAGAUUUCUGAAGAAUCUGGUGGUGCAAACAAUCAAAAGCGGUCGCAAGUUAGUUCAUCAAAAAAGUCGGGUAGCGAAGCGGACCCGGACAGUCGGAAGCGGCUCGGCGAAGAGCCCGGCAGGCAAACGCAAAAUCAAAAUGUAGAUAGGGUAGGGGGUGAAGAGAUCGCCCCCACAAACUCCGCCUCGGAGCGAGAACUUUCCGGGAACAAGCGGCUGUCUUCGUCGUCGGGUGUUUCCUCGGUGUCGGACGCUUCGUUGGCGCACGGCCACGACAGGACAGGCGUGAGUUCCGCGAAGCAGGGCGUCCUGAGCGCCGUCCCCAGCUCGAACUCUGUCAGGUCCAGUGGCGCGGACGUGCGAGCAGAAGGUGGCGGCGCCCCGUGCGAACCUCGCGUCCCGCGAGACCCCGCGAAAGUGAGUGUUUCCAAACAGACAGCGGCGCCGGCGGCUCGGGUCGCGGGCGCGGAGUUGCCCUACCGAGGGUUCCCGCCCGCUGCGACCGCCGGCGGCCAGAAGCCGGAGGAGGCGUGGGAUCAGAUGCCGGAAGACGCUGACCACCUCGUGGAGAAGCUGAUGGCGGAUGACGACCGGCAGGAGAAGCUCAAGUUGUCGCAGAAACCUCCCGCUGCGGAAGCAGCCCAGCCACCUCCGAACCUUCAACGUGCUCAGGAGAAGUGGUUUUACAGAGAUCCACAAGGACAAGAACAAGGACCAUUCUGCUCUAGUGACAUGGCUGAAUGGUACAAGUCUGGCUACUUCAAACCAACUCUGCUCAUCAGGCGAAGCUGUGAUGAGCAUUAUUCACACCUGGGCAACCUCAUAGAGUCCUGGGGUAUACUUCCCUUUAUAGCACCUCCACAUUUCAAGCCAAGCGAGCCCAUUGCAGAUGGUUUGUCUACAUCACAAACUUCGCAGUCUGUACCAACGGUUUCUACAGUGCCACCAAUACAGUCACCAAUGGACCCGGAAUCUGCGCUUUUGGAGCACUACCAUUUUCAAAUGCUUCAGCGGCAAUUGAUGCUCAGCCAGCAGGCAGCCAUACAGGCAGCAGUGCACAAGCUUUCUCAGAAUGAUCGCUGGACCACCUUGUCUGCACUGGAGCAGCAACAGCUGAUCACGCAGCAGGUGAUGAGCCAGCCACUAGACCCGUACAUGAACAUGCUGCCUGGCGGGCUGGACCAGAAAAAUUCCAUUUCCCAGCUGCUCAGCCAGUUGCAGCAGUCAAAGAUGGCGGCUCCCCCACUGGUGGAGGGCAAGCUUCCCACUGGGCCGCCCCAGAUGCCUCUGCUCGACCCCUUGCAGCAGAUGAUACAGCAGAUGGGCGGUCUGCAGCAGCAGCAACACCAGCAGCAGCAGCAACACCAGCAGCAGCAGCAGCAACACCAGCAGCAGCAGCAGCAGCAGCAGCAGCAGCAGCAGCAGCAGCAGCAGCAGCAGCAACACCAGCAGCAGCAGCAACCGACGGCAGUCAGCCCCGUGCUGCCACAGCCCUUGCCCGCCAUGCCCAUGCCAGUCAUGCCCAUGGCCGCCAUGCCCAUGCACCCCGCACAGGCCCUGCUCGAAGACCCGGCUGCUAAGCCCACCAUGCCUGACCCCAUUCAGAUGCUGCUGAGGCAGCUCAACGCUAGCAAGCCUCAGGUGGAGUCGCUAUGGAGUGGCACUGCACACCCUCUGUUUGGAAACAACCUGUCGUGGAUGCCGCAUGCCAGCCCACCUCCGGGCCAGAUGCCUGUGUCUAUUUGGGACAUGCAAGGGAAAGAAAUAAAGACUGAACAAGAAAUCAUGGAAGAGCAGAGGCGAGCAGCAGAAGAAAGGCGGCUAGAAGAACUUAGGAAACAAGAAGAAGACCGCAAGCGAAAAGAGGAAGAAGAGAAAGCACGCUUAAAACUAGAGGAAGAUGUUCGUAAAGAAGUAGAAAGGAGGAAGGAAGAACAGCGUAAGCGUGCUGAACAAGAGAAAAGACAGCAAGAGAUAGAAGCGAAGAGAAAAGAAGAGGAGCUUAAGAAACAAGAGGAAGAGAAGAAACGUUUACAAGAAGAGGAAAAGAAGAGAAAAGAAGAAGCCAAAAGACUUGAAGAGGAGGCACGUAAGCAAAAAGAGGAAGCUGCUCGCCGGAAGGAAGAGGAAAAGAAACGCAGAGAAGAGGAAAAAGAGAAGAAGAGAAAAAUGGAGGAAGAACGUCGGAAGCUUGAAGAGCAACACAAAAAAGAAGAGGAGGAGAAAAAAAGGCUGGAGGAAGAGGAGGCGGCCCGCAAGAAGGCGGAGGAGGAGCAGGCUCGGCAGCAGAGGCGGCAGGCAGAGGCCUUGCGCAGGCUCCAGGAGCAGCAGCAGCAGCAGCAGCAGAGGGCGAAGGCAGCGGCCUGGAGCCAGCCCGUCACGCCUCAGCCCAGCCUUGCCGAGAUACAGCGCCAGGAGCGGGACAAGAAAGAGCGGGAGGCGAAGGAGAUGCAGCAGAUGCUGGCUGCCCAGCAGGCUGCGGCGGCGGCGGCGGCCUUGCAGCAGGCUGCGGCCGACAAGAGCUCGCUGCACCUGAACUGGGUCGGCAAGCGGCCGGCGGCCAGCAAGGUCAAGUCCCUCGCCGAGAUCCAGGCCGAGGAGCAGGAGAAGAUAGUCAAGAACCAGGAGCGGGAACGCUCGGAACGAGCGCAGCAGCAGAAAGACAUCCCACUGCCUGCCAUGUCCAGUAUCUGGGGGUCAGCAUCACAGAGCUUGUCGUGGGCACAGAACAACACUUCUGUUUGGAGCAGUGUUUCUUCAGGAACAGGUGUUAACACUGCUGGGAAUGGUGGUUUCUGGGAUGACAUAUCUCUGAACGUUGCCAAGCCUGCUGCUGCUCCUGGUCCUAAGAAUACCUCCAACAAGCCUGCGAAGCCAGCGACCAUGACCAACAAGAGUGCCGGAGGGGGAGGCAACAAAGCCAAGGGCAGCAAGAAGGACGAGGCGGUCGUGAUGAAACUGUUCGAGCAGAAUGUGCAGCGCACCGAUGACUUCACUCAGUGGUGUACCAAGACACUGACUGAGCUCCAGGCAUCUUGCGUUGAGAUCCCGACCUUUGUGGCUUUCCUGCGGGACAUAGAGUCCCCGUACGAGGUGAAGGACUACAUCCGCACGUACCUGGGCGAGGGCAAGGAGAUAGUGGAGUUCUCGCGGCAGUUCCUGGAGCGCCGCUCCAAGUGGCGCAGCACGCAGCGCGUGGCCCGGGAGGAGGACGACAUGUGCGCCCCGGCUCCCGCCAUCAACCCCCUUGGCACGGACUUCACCGAGGUGAAGGGUAAGGGGAAAAAGACAAAGAAGAACAAGAUGUUUCGCGUUGAUAACCGCAUUUUGGGCUUCAACGUGACGGCAGCGGAGGAUCGGUUCAACGUCGGUGACCGACAUUACGUAGAGGAGAUCUGAGUCUCAGCUUUGUCAGCCUCUCUACUUCACCUUCAUGCUACUAACCAUAUGCAUGUACCAGAUGAUGUCUGUGAACAUUUCUUUAGUUGAUUGCUGCCACUGUGGCAAUGAUUGAUUAAGAGCUGUUAGAUUUAUUGUCAAGUAACACAUUAUUUCUUCUGUACACAGUUGAAAAUUAGUUUAUCAUUUUUAGACCCUGAAAUCCCUGGAACUUAUCAAAACAAUAGACAUUUUUUUUACAUUUUUUGUUAUAAUUUUUUAUGGAAUUCAACAUGUAUUUUUUAUUGCCUGUAAAAUGUUUCUUUUUGAAACUUCUUCAUGGAUACUAUUGUAAAUACAAGUUAAUAUAUUUUUAUUUUUUUUCUCUAGUUAAUGAUUUGAAAGUUUGUACAGCUUUAGGUGUAAUUACGUAAAAUAAUUUUUAGAAUCACCUACUAAAAAAAUGUUGUUUGUAGGUUACAUGUUAUUUAUACUUGAAAUGUUAAAUUGAUUCCUUACCAUUUUUUUUUGUUACACUGACUACAAACUUAAUAAAAAUUCAAAGUGUAAAUGGUAAUUAGUUUGAUAAAAAUAUACUAUAAGGUUAAUACAUCUCUACCAUGUUUGAUUUUACAAAUAUUUCAAUUAAGUAUAAAUAAAACUGUAAAAUCUAAGACCCAGGGAUCUAUCAGUCCGAAAAGUAAAUGUUUAUGCCAGUUAUGUUUAUAAAUGCAUUUACAUAUAAAAGUUAUUUCCAUAUUUUCAUUUACAAAAUUUUUAAAGAGUUUUUGUGCUGCCAGAGAUUUACUGUAUAAUAUUUUCAAGAAUGUAAAUAAAUCUGGUUGUAUAGGUACUGCUAUUAAUUAUUUAAUUUAUAGGCUAUGAAUAAAUUAUGCAAACUUCUUAAGUUUAUUAUACAGUGGGUGUCUUACAUAAAAAUUUCAUGUUAAUUUUUUUCUCAUUGGCAGAUGUAAUACUAUUUAUUGAUUGUUAAUGUAAUUUAGUAAUUUAAAUAAUUCUUAUUUUAUUUUCCAUAAUUGAUUCAAUCAGAGCAUGAACAUAGUCAGAGACAUGAGCAGCCCAUAGUUUUCUUCCAUAAUUUUUUUUGUGUCAUUUUGCACAUUGAUUCUUUAGAGUUUUGUUUGUGAUAGAAAAAAAAAGUUUGUAACUGUGACAUUAAGCUAUUGUUUGUAAAUGUUAGGCUGUAACAGACUUUCUGCCAGAAGUAAGUAUUGCAAUAUGAAAUCUAUUCACAACUGUGUACAAACACCAUGAUAUGAUUGUUUUUUUUUUUAUAUAUAAAAAAGGCACAUUUUAUGUCUCUACGUUCUUCCAACAUUUUUGAAAUUGUGGCGUGUUGGUCAGCAGUAGAGAAGCUAUAUAUAUAUAUAUAUAUAUAUAUAUAUAUAUAUAUAUAUAUAUAUAUAUAUAUAUAUAUAUAUAUAUAUACCUACACUGGUGACAAAAUAGCUGGAAACAGACUAUUUUGGAAGAAAAGAGAAAAUAAUGGCCACACCAUGGUUUGUCAAAUGAUCUUUGAAAAGUCUACUAUACCACAGUGCCGAGGGUUGUUACUUGUGAAUACUGUACAUUAAUGUGUUUGAUAGUGGGCACACAAUGUCACACACCAUUUGUAUGUAAAGAUUUUGAUUGGAAAAGAGAAUGAACUGUACAUUUGCAAAUAAAUAUGGUUGUAUCAUAA